AUGGCAGAACAGUCACUAUCACCUACUAUAGUGGUAGCGGCGGCGGCAGUGGUUGAGGAGGUGGUGGUCGAGGUGGUGUCUCUAAGCAGACACAACCGCCAGCGCCAGGGCUUGUCGCGCCAGACCCAGCGCAUUGCCGAAGAAGGCGCUGGGCGUAAUAACCUGGACUCGUACCCCGCUGAUAAUAACGAGAACUCGCCUCAUUCUGGCAAUAAUGAUGACCUGUUGCCCGCCUAUCCCCCGCCGGAAAAACUCGUGGCGGAUAUGGACGAGGAUUGUCUGGCUGUACUGCACUACAUUGGUCACGGAAAACGAGUUCCAAACCCUUCCCAGAACCGUGACGAACUUCAUCUUGAUCAGUCACAGUCACUACUCACAGACACCCCACUUUUACCGGACCCGACCAUUGAUUUCAAUCGCCUCAGACACGAGACCCUCGACCCCUCCCCUUCAAAGGUACUUAUUCUUCUCGAUUGUUGCCAUGCGGCUAGUGGUAGCAUAGGACAAAGAAAAGAACUCAUCGCCGCCUGCAGUUUCGAGAGCACAUGCGGAGAUGGACCCCAAGGCUUCACAAACAACGUUGUGCAGCAACUAGAACAUGCUUACAACCAGGGGCAAGUCUUGAGUACAUCCCAGCUGUACAACCGAUUAGCUACGAAGCAUUUCGUCAUGCAGGCUGGAGUGCCAGAACUGGCAGCUAUACCUAUCUUCCUCCAGCACCAUGACAAGCAUGUCACUCCGCUUUUCCUGAUGCCCAUGCUCCUCAACACUCACCAGUCCUGGUAUCCAGCUCCUACCCGAGGGGUGAGACUCCAACCAGCCAAUGUAAUUUUAUCAGUGCACCUUAACGACACUGAUAUUCAAACACUGGGUGCUAUGCAGAGUUGGAUUGGGAGUCGCCCGUAUGCAAUUGGCCGUAUCAGAGUCGACAAAAUCUACAAGUCCACGUCUAUCAUUGUCAUAUUUGCUAUCACCUUUUGCGUUUGGCACGGCUUACCUCAAGAUCCCGCUACAAGCUUUAUUGGCUUUGAGUGUCAAGACACGCCGCCUUACAAACAAACAUUUCAGCCUUCACUAAAGAAGGAAAACAUGCCGCCAACUCAUAAGAGCCAAGUUUUAUUUCACGAAUCGAGUUAUAACCAUCCUUUAUCCCCUAAGAAGCUGAAUUAG